UUGGAAACGGCCGUUGGAUUAUGGUUCCCUGUAGCUAUUUCAGUGGCUAUAAAGACCUAAGAGGUCUUCGAAAGCUAGGUACGUAUUUUCGAAAAAAGUUAUGGAAGUGGAGAAUAUUUCCUGGGCCGAUAUCUCUAGAGAUACAACCAAUGAAACAUUUCUUCAACGAUGCACCCAAUAAAAACCUCCCAACUUCAGCUCGGACCGCUGUCCCCUUUUGGCUGAGGUGUUGGUCAACUGGAAGGUGGCUAUGGUUUACAAGACGACCUUGCUUGAUACCCUAUCCCGAAUAAAUUCGGGCAUUCUCAGCUGCUCAAGGCCUAAUCAUACCUAUUUAAGGCAACAAUAAUCACUAACUUAACAAAUGAAAAACGCCUUCUUUCUCGUUCCCUAACAGAUUUCAACGCAGUACCAGCUGGUCAUUCCGAACUCAACUUUGGGCACAAUGACGAAUUUAGUUGAGCCGUCUCGGCAGUUUGAUCUUGAAGGGGAUGUCCUACUUACCCUUCAUAGCCCGAACGCGCCGUUCGCCGUUUGGGAUCGAAGCUGGCUCGAGAAAGAUCAUUCUUCUGUUCCAGAGCAGGAUAAUACUGAAACUUCGUGUCACACUUCGAGCCCUGACCUGUUAGAACAAGGAUCUCCCGCAUCAGAACAACUUCCCGACUCGACACACAAAGUACAAUUUCUAGUCUCGUCGAAACAUUUGCGCCUAGCCUCUAAAUUCUUCAACGCCCUUUUUCGCAAUUCAUGGAAAGAAACAACAUCGAAAUCUCCAGAUGGUCUCUGGUGCGUAGAUGCUUGCGACUGGGACGAAGUGGCUAUGACGAGACUUAUGGCAGUCAUCCACCAUCAGAACCGCAAGCUUGAUGAACGCAUAUCCGUUGAAGAACUCGCCAAGUUUGCCGUUGUCGUCGACUAUUACAAAUGUCACGAGGCAGUUCUGCCGUGGUCGGAGAAAUGGAUCAACAAUCUAUGGGAUCCUACGAAGUGGGAUUAUCUUGAUCGGGGCAUCGACUUCUUCAGCUUCUUCGACUACGAGGACAAAUUAACCUUAUGGAUUCUGAUUAGCCAGGUAUUCGAGAAAAAGGACAUGUUCCGGGCGAUAACACGGGUAGCCAUGAUACUAUGCCGAGGGGAAUUGCCAACUUUGGGAUUGCCAAUCGUGGCGACUGCGAAAGCAUUCGACGCGAAGAGAAAGGUAUUCCUGGAUCAGAUGUUUAACUCCUUAUACGGCCUUCUAGGUAGCUUACGCGAUCGCAAGGCCGGGUGCACCCUUGAAUGCUCGUCAAUGUUGCUAGGCGCGCUGUGCAUUGAAUUGCAUCGUAUAGGAAUCAUGGAUGAUCAAUGGCGUCUCUUGGGUUAUCCAUAUGCCGGACAGAGCGUGCAAUCGACAAUUUCGCUGAUUGCGUUCUUUACUAUGCCUAAAUGCAUGCAUGCCCCUUUAAAAACAGCGCAUGCAUGCCAACUGGUACGUGGUAUCGCCUUGGACGUGAAAAAGAUCGAAGGUCUUGAGCUGCAUAACAUCAUAAGGUUAGAUGCACAGGAUUAGUUGAUGAUAGGAGACAAACCGUUCUAUAGAUGGGCCUCAGUGUUGACAUAUAUAUGGAACGAUGUUCGUGUAAGAUAUCCAGGUACCUAGGGUAGCUGUGUAAUAUAAGUCAGAGGGCAAUUUUACGAACUUCACAAGAACUUU